UUUUCAGUGGCUCUCAGAACAAACGCAACCAUCGCCGCGACCGGACGCACUCGAGUUUCGUGGGUGUGAAAAAGAGUGAAAAGUGAUCGAGAAGGAGAAAAGUUGCGUGUGCUCAGACACGAAAAUAGUAGCAAGCAGGUCACUUCCGAGUUUUUCCGGGAAAAAAAAGUGCUUUCGAGUUUCCUAGUCCGAGGUUUUAUUAAUAGCACAAACACACACACACGAUGCCGAACAUCAAGCUGCAGUCUUCCGACGGGGAAGUGUUUGACACGGACGUGCAGAUCGCGAAAUGUUCCGGCACGAUCAAGACGAUGCUGGAGGAUUUGGGCAUGGACGAGGGCGAGGACGAGGUGGUGCCGCUGCCGAACGUCAACUCGGCCAUCCUGCGGAAGGUGCUGCAGUGGGCCACCUACCACAAGGACGAUCCGGCCCCGGCCGAGGACGAUGAGAACAAGGAGAAGCGGACGGACGACAUCAGCUCGUGGGACGCGGACUUCCUGAAGGUGGACCAGGGCACGCUGUUCGAGCUGAUCCUGGCCGCGAACUAUCUGGACAUCAAGGGCCUGUUGGACGUCACCUGCAAGACCGUGGCCAACAUGAUCAAGGGCAAGACCCCGGAGGAAAUCCGCAAGACGUUCAACAUCAAGAACGACUUUACGCCCGCCGAGGAGGAACAGGUGCGCAAGGAGAACGAGUGGUGCGAGGAGAAGUAAGGCCCGGAAACUGGCCCUUUCCCCCCUCUUUUUUUUGUUGAUUUUAUCCCAACCUUUUUUGAAAGUGCGACAAACAUCCUCUUAAAAUCAUCCAAACGAACGUGCCGCAUCGAAUCCUCCCUCUCCUGUACAGAAGCAGUUCGAAAUAGUUUGUCGAUUUCAAAUAAUAUUACACCUUACAUGUAACUAAUCACCAAAAUUGGACUAGAGAGAGCGAUAGAGCUGCACACACACACACACGCCUGACCGCACCGCAGCGAGAAGGAACUUUGUUUUUCUUAUAAAAUAAAACAUUAAUUACUACAAGCUA